GCAACCAUUCAUUCACCAAAAGUGGGCGGCCUCAAUGAGGGCGCAUAAAGGCUUCUAUAACUGGAUCACGACACUGUCGCCGCCGGCCGUAUCGCCUCGAGGAAAACUGUUCGCUACUGAGGAACUCAAUGGAGCCCACGAUCGCGUAACGACGGAGCGAUGGCUGCGGGAUCGCCAAGGAAAAUCUCUAAGAGAGAAGUGGCUAGGCUUGUCACAGCCACAGCGCGACCGUCACCUACAAGACGUUGAAGACCCCGGUUUCAACCUGGACGAUUACCCACAGGGCAUUCAAGACAGCCGCAGUGAUCCGUCCUGUUACCCAUACAGGGGAAGGUCUGCAGACACACCUACCGUCCUUCAAGACGCAGUUCCUAUACGAACGGCCCAGCCCAGCUCACAAGCACGAACCGACCGUGCGUUUGGCCAAUUUAUCCAGUCACAUGACGAAUUAACUAGCGCGGUGAUAAAUUCCGCCCUAACAGCGGAGUUAACCGCUAUGGCUAUGGCGGUAAGAGAAAAUAACUCUCAACUUGUGGCAUUUCGCGCAGCAGCAGUUGUAGAUUGUUUAGGAGGCUUGGUUGGCAGUGCUGUCGGUGCGGAAUCACGAAGAAAACUUUUGAGCAUUAUUCACGACGUGAGUGAUUCGAUGGGAGCUACGAGAUUGCUGCUUCAUAACGGAUUACAUACAGACUCAGAAGCCAAGGAAACUGCUACGGUCACGAACGCUGCGGUCGUCGAAGCUAAUACGGCGCUCAAAGAGUUUACAACCAACGCAAAGAAAUCCAAUUCGCACUUCCGAUUGGCAUAUCAAGAACGACAAAUUGUCAGGCCUACAGCUACGCGAUAUCUAAACGAAUUCGCUUGGAUUAAUAUGGAUGGGUUCAAUGAUUUGGAAGGGCAAAUAAACGAGGUGGCAUCGCGCGACGGUAACCAGAGCGACUGUUCUCUAGGUGUGGAAUCAGGGGGCUCUACUGUGAUCCAAACCCGUGAAAACGUCGACGAAGAUCCGCGUGAAGUCGACGGGUCUGCGGACGUUUUCAUUUCGAGUGAUGGCGAAGCUGACGAUAGCGGGAAAAGAGGUGGGAGCAGCGCUGCGGACACGGUGAGAAGCAAACCUCGCGCCUGUGUACGGAAGAGAGCAAGAACACACUACUAUUUUGGUUGAAGAUACAUAUACCUGUCUUUUUGAGCGACCACAC